UGGGGGUCGGCAAUAGGAGGUGGCCGUGGGGCCCUGGCUCAAGGCAUCAGGAGUGAGGAUGGCCUCGGUCAAUUGGGUGCCUAAUUUCUGAGAUUCUUAUUUGUGGUCAUGGUCCCCUGCCAAGCGUCCCAUAAAACUCCAAGGGUGCGGAGUGCGGCGAUGUUUGCAUAGGCCCAGCAGAGGAGGAAUGAUUGUGAACAGCCUCUCCCUGUGCUACCACAAUAAACUCAUCUUAGCCCCCAUGGUUCGGGUGGGGACUCUACCAAUGCGGCUCCUAGCCCUGGAUUACGGAGCAGACAUUGUUUACUGUGAGGAGCUGAUUGACCUUAAGAUGCUUCAGUGCAAGCGAGUUGUAAAUGAGGUGCUCAGCACAGUGGACUUUGUUGCUCCUGAUGACCGAGUAGUUUUCCGAACAUGUGAAAGAGAACAGAACAGGGUAGUUUUCCAAAUGGGGACUUCAGACGCAGAGAGAGCCCUUGCUGUGGCCAGGCUUGUAGAAAAUGAUGUAGCUGGUAUUGAUGUCAACAUGGGCUGUCCAAAAGAAUAUUCUACUAAGGGAGGAAUGGGAGCUGCUCUGUUGUCAGACCCUGACAAGAUUGAGAAGAUCCUCAGCACUCUCGUUAAAGGAACACACAGACCUGUGACUUGUAAAAUCCGAAUCCUGCCCUCGCUAGAAGAUACCCUGAACCUUGUGAAGCGAAUAGAGAGGACUGGCAUUUCAGCCAUUGCAGUUCAUGGGAGGAAUCGGGAGGAACGGCCUCAGCACCCUGUCAGCUGUGAAGUUAUAAGAGCCAUCGCUGAAACCCUCUCCAUUCCUGUCAUAGCCAAUGGAGGAUCUCAUGACCACAUCCAGCAACAUCUGGACAUAGAGGACUUUCGACAAGCUACGGCUGCCUCUUCAGUGAUGGUGGCUCGAGCAGCCAUGUGGAACCCCUCUAUCUUCCUCAAGGAUGGCCUUCGUCCCCUGGAGGAAGUCAUGCAGAAGUACAUCAGAUAUGCGGUGCAGUAUGAUAACCACUACACGAACACCAAAUACUGCUUGUGCCAGAUGCUUCGGGAACAGCUGGAGUCGCCCCAGGGAAGGUUGCUCCAUGCUGCCCAGUCUUCCCAGGAAAUUUGUGAGGCCUUUGGCCUUGGUGCCUUCUAUGAGGAGACCAUUCGGGAGCUAGAUGCCCGGCGAGCUGACCUUUUGGCUAAGACUCCAGAGGGGGUUGAAGAGCCAGCUGAAGACACUUCCGGCAUCAUUAAGAUGGCCAUCAGGUUUGACCGGAGAGCAUACCCACCCCAAAUUACCCCCAAGAUGUGCCUGCUGGAAUGGUGUCGGAGAGAGAAGUUGCCACAGCCUGUGUAUGAAACAGUGCAACGCCCUGUAGAUCGCAUGUUCUGCUCUGUUGUCACUGUUGCAGAACAGAAGUACCAGUCCACACUGUGGGACAAGUCCAAGAAACUAGCGGAGCAGACUGCAGCCAUUGUCUGUCUGCGGAGCCAGGGCCUCCCUGAGGGUCGACUGGGUGAGGAGAGCCCCUCCUUGAACAAGCGCAAGCGAGAGGCCCCUGACCAAGAUCCUGGAGGCCCCAGAGUUCAGGAGCCAGCACUACCUGGGGAGAAAUGCAAGAAGCCAUUUGUAACCCUGGGAACUAGUGAAGAUAAUCUCCUGGAAGGAUGUUGACUACUGUCCCUGCCCUGGUCACCAGUGUGGGGAACUGAUAUGAAGGUGGUUAUGGGUGCUGGGGCCUAAACCAGAAGCCAUUGGACAGUUUGCUGGCCCCUGCCAUUGAAGUUAGGGUUCUUGACCCAGGCCCUCAGUCUGAAACAAGUGCCAAGGAGUGUCCAGUGGUAAUACUGUCUCCUCUCAUAGGUCUCAGUGGUAAGCCAAGUUCCCAGUGACCUGAAUAGUUUUUUGAAAACAAGGUUUUCAGGCCGCACCUCUAACUUGACAUUGGUACCGUGCAAUAAAGACAGACUGACUUUCACCCAUGGC